CCACCAUCCGCCCUCCUUCGCACUCGGCUUACUUCACUAGCUCGGCGUUUCUGCACAACAGAAUUGGCAUUUCGUCGAACCAAGUUGAACUUAUGGGUAGCAAAUUGUAGCGACGUGGCGAUAUUAUAAUCCCUGGCGAUUUCGCGAUGCGACGAUUCCUUCCGCUGGCGCUUUCUUCCUGGCGACGACGAAUUCUGCUAGCGACGACUUUCCGCUGGUGACGGCUCUUUGCGGAGGCGAAGAUCUUCCGCGUUGCGACUCUUCGUUCGCUGGCGUCCAUUCGAGCAGCGAUGAUUGCAACGAUUAUCAGUUUAAUUUGACAAUAUCAGUUCUGCUGAUGCUGCGAUUUUCCUCGCUAGCUUUCAUCUCCGGAAGUAUGUUCCGUUCUGUUGAAGAACUCUUUGCUCUUUAAAUUUCGUAUAUACGACACCGUCCUCGGCCCUGGGUCAGCGUGGUUGAAUUACUGUUGCGAAAUUUUAAUCUCACCUUUUCUUCAUGUUUUCGUGGCCUGAUCGCAGUGCGCUUGACCGCGUCACACUCUCCAUCUCGUGUGCGUUCGUCGCAAGAGUCGCCUCCAGCUCGCCAUCAAGCAACCCACGCGAAUUGCUGUUGGCGAUUGGGGACGGCUUUCUCGCGCGUGCGUCCAUUCAAUUCCAACGACGGUUACAGUCUCCAAGAAGCUUGGACGAGAUUAGGCUAUGCGUCGACCAUGUGGUGCCAUGGCUGCGCGCUUGGACCUCAUCUUCCUGCCUCCUUGAGUCACACGCCGUCACUCAAAGAUAAGUACCUACCGCACCUCGUUUGCUCUCCUAUUCGAUUUCAGCGUUUUGCAUCAUCCUGUUUCACUCGCUGCUCAUUUCGUGGAAUCACUCGUUUUCCUCCUCCUCCCCCCACUUUCGCCCAUGGCGCAUAGGCGUUGAGCUGCGUGCAUAGGGUCUUGUCAACGUCCUGGGUUAGGCUAGAAUCUAGUCUGUAAUUGCAUGCUUGCGUCGCGUCGCGUCCAGUCUGCUUGCUGUUGCUUCGCUUGCGCACAUGUGCCAUGGACGGCCCCCUACCCUCCCCCCUUCCCCCCCCUCAACCCUUCCCUCCAGGGCAGCGCAUGGACGGCAAGGAUGGACGCGGGGAAUCAUGCAAAGGCGGAUUGAGGAGUCCCUUCUACUGCCCUCUCACCUGCAACUCAAGCUGCUUCUGCCAACCUGCACAUACUAGGCUAACUCGUCGCUGGCUCUUCCCCUCUGUUUUGCAGGAGACAUGACGCCUUCUUGCUGCCACCAGUGCGUGAAGGGCUGAACCGGGAGAAGCGCCACCACUAACGGCAGCAAGGGGAGCAUUACAAGAGGCAACACCGGUGGCAGCACUUCCAACAGCAUUGGCGGCAGCGCAAGCAGCAGUGGCUGCACCACCGGUAGCAGCUCCGGCCUCAGCCCUGGCGGCGUUUGGCUGUUUAUGAUUCUCCUCACACAAAUGGACUUCUUCUGAGAUAAGUUCCCUAACCUCCUCACCCUUCUAAGUUGCAUUUAUUCCCAGAAUUGUAGCAUUUCCAUAUGCUCUGCAGUUCUUUACCAUCCACUCAUUUCACCCCCGCCCACUCCCCUCCCCCCACCUCCCCGGCCAUAGCACAUAGGCUUUUGAGCUGCGUGCAUAGGGUCCUGUCUAGGUCCUGGGUUAGGCUAGAAUCUAUUCCGUGCUUGCAUGCUCGCGUCUCCUCCAGUCCUCUUGCUGUUGCUUGCUCGCGCACAUGUCGGCACAUGGAGGGUGCAGGAGCCAAGGCAAGGAUGGUCUUUUGUGCUCCAUCUGCUCGGACAACUUCAAUCAGUCACACACAGCACUCUCCCCUCCACCGCUUACUCUCUGCUGCCUCUUUCCCUCUGUGCGGCAGGAGCCAUGGCGACAUUUGUGCCACCAGCAGCGCGUGAAGGGGAGCACUGGGAGCAACACCACGGGCGGCAGCAAGGGGAGCACCCCUGGCAGCACCACCGGGAGCACAGCUGCAGCACACUCGUACAGCGACAACACUGGCUGCUCCAACUGAAGGCUAAGUGCUCCUCGCCCUUUCUUACCUUCUGCUUGCAUGCGUUAUUGCCCUUUCUCUCCACUGCCAUCAAAACCAGCAUCACCAAUGCCAGCCCAGCUCACACGCCACAGACCAUCAUUGCAGGUAACCCCUCAGGCCCCCCUAGGUUAAGCCUUCAGGUCCCCCCAGGUGCCCUUACAGAAUCCCGUGGUCGGUGGCUUGUGGCUGUGGCUACUUUGGUGGGGCCUUCGCUGCUCCCACAGUCUGUUGGUUUCAUGUAUCGUUCCCUGUGCUUCACUUGCUGUUGCAGAGCUCUCAUGCAUUUAGCUCUUAUUUCUGCCACUCCGUUGCCGUGCCCUCCAACCACUCAUCUCGUCUUUCCGUUCCACCCUUCACCCCUCGCAGGUCACUCCGCAGCAGCACUGAAGGGUGCCACUGGGAGCACCACCACUGGCGCCAGCAAGGGGGGAGCACCACUCGCAGCAGCACCCACAGCACCAACGGCAGCAGCAGUGGCAACAGGGGGAGCGCCACCGGGAGCACCACUGGGAGCACCACCUCCUGGCAACACCUUUGAAGGCUAGGUGCUCCUCGCCCUCCUUACACUCUGCAUGCAUGCUUUUUUGUGCUUUCUCUCCACUGAACCCGUUCUCUGCCAUCAAAGCCUGCACUAUCAAUGUUAGCCCAGCUCACACGCCACAGACCAUCAUUGCAGGUAACCCCUCAGGUCCCCCCAGGUUAAGCCUUCAGGUCCCCCCAGGUACCCUUACAGAACACUGUGAUCUGUGGCUUGUGGCUGUGGUUGUGAUCUAUGGCUUCAGUUUUCAAGUCUCCUUUUCAGUGCAGAGUAUCUUGGGCGGCAGUUCCGUCUAAUGCUGAGUAUCUUGGGCCAGCGCAGAAAAGAAGGUUAGUCUCUUUCCCAUCCCUUGGCAUUCCCACUGCUCUAUGGGUCACUCCCUCAUAAUCCGGUAUUUCCUUCCCUUGCACCAUCUCUGCUGGUCCUUGACCUUACCGCCUACCGCGCUCUUACCAUCUCCUCUUUUUUCCAUUGCAGAUGGACGGGGGUUCGGGUUCAGCACCAACAUUUCCCCACGCCCCGUGGGCCAGAGAUUCAGCUGCAGUGCAUUCUACUGCAAGGAAGAGCAUCUGGGGUGGCCUUGCUGCAUCAGGUGAGCGCUCUUCCAACCUGCUGCCGUUUCUGUGAUGAGUAUCUGAUUUGGGUGUUGCUUGCACCACUUUCUGACAAUCAACUCACUUGGCUCCGUGGCAAUUCAUUUGGCUCCAUGGCAACUCACUUGGCUCCGUGGCAACUCAGUUGGCACCAUGGCAACUCAGUUGGCUCCAUGGCAACUCACUUGGCUCCAUGGCAACUCACUUGGCUCCUUGGCAACUCACUUGGCUCCAUGGCAACUCAGCUGGCUCCAUGGCAACUCAGUUGGCUCCGUGGCAACUCAGUUGGCUCCAUGGCAACUCAGUUGGCUCCAUGGCAACUCAGCUGGCUCCAUGGCAACUCAGUUGGCUCCAUGGCAACUCAGCUGGCUCCAGGGCAACUCAGUUGGCUCCAUGGCAACUCAGCUGGCUCCAUGGCAACUCAGUUGGCUCCAUGGCAACUCAGCUGGCUCCAUGGCAACUCAGCUGGCUCCAUGGCAACUCAGUUGGCUCCAUGGCAACUCAGCUGGCUCCAUGGCAACUCAGUUGGCUCCAUGGCAACUCAGCUGGCUCCAUGGCAACUCAGCUGGCUCCAUGGAAACUCAGCUGGCUCCAUGGCAACUCAUUUGGCUCCGUGGCAACUCAGCUGGCUCCAUGGCAACUCAGCUGGCUCCAUGGCAACUCAGCUGGCUCCAUGGCAACUCAGUUGGCUCCACGGCAACUCAGCUGGCUCCAUGGCAACUCAGUUGGCUCCAUGGCAACUCAGUUGGCUCCAUGGCAACUCAGUUGGCUCCAUGGCAACUCAGUUGGCUCCAUGGCAACUCAGUUGGCUCCAUGACAACUCAGCUGGCUCCAUGGCAACUCAUUUGGCUCCAUGGCAACUGCGUUGGCUCCAUGGCAAUUGCGUUGGCUCCAUGGCAACUCAGCUGGCUCCAUGGCAACUCAGCUGGCUCCAUGGCAACUCAGUUGGCUCCAUGGCAACUCAGCUGGCUCCAUGGCAACUCAGUUGGCUCCAUGGCAACUCAGCUGGCUCCAUGGCAACUCAGUUGGCUCCAUGGCAACUCAGUUGGCUCCAUGGCAACUCAGCUGGCUCCAGGGCAACUCAGUUGGCUCCAUGGCAACUCAGCUGGCUCCAUGGCAACUCAGUUGGCUCCAUGGCAACUCAGCUGGCUCCAUGGCAACUCAGCUGGCUCCAUGGCAACUCAGUUGGCUCCAUGGCAACUCAGCUGGCUCCAUGGCAACUCAGUUGGCUCCAUGGCAACUCAGCUGGCUCCAUGGCAACUCAGCUGGCUCCAUGGAAACUCAGCUGGCUCCAUGGCAACUCAUUUGGCUCCGUGGCAACUCAGCAGGCUCCAUGGCAACUCAGCUGGCUCCAUGGCAACUCAGCUGGCUCCAUGGCAACUCAGUUGGCUCCACGGCAACUCAGCUGGCUCCAUGGCAACUCAGUUGGCUCCAUGGCAACUCAGUUGGCUCCAUGGCAACUCAGUUGGCUCCAUGGCAACUCAGUUGGCUCCAUGGCAACUCAGUUGGCUCCAUGACAACUCAGCUGGCUCCAUGGCAACUCAUUUGGCUCCAUGGCAACUGCGUUGGCUCCAUGGCAAUUGCGUUGGCUCCAUGGCAACUCAGCUGGCUCCAUGGCAACUCAGCUGGCUCCAUGGCAACUCAGUUGGCUCCAUGGCAACUCAGCUGGCUCCAUGGCAACUCAGUUGGCUCCAUGGCAACUCAGCUGGCUCCAUGGCAACUCAGUUGGCUCCAUGGCAACUCAGUUGGCUCCAUGGCAACUCAGCUGGCUCCAUGGCAACUCAGUUGGCUCCAUGGCAACUCAGUUGGCUCCAUGGCAACUCAGUUGGCUCCAUGGCAACUCAGCUGGCUCCAUGGCAACUCAGCUGGCUCCAUGGCGACUCAGCUGGCUCCAUGGCAACUCGGCUGGCUCCAUGGCAACUCAGUUGGCUCCAUGGCAACUCAUUUGGCUCCAUGGCGACUCAGCUGGCUCCAUGGCAACUCAGCUGGCUCAAUGGCAGCUCAGUUGGCUCCAUGGCAUCUCAGCUGGCUCCAUGGCAGCUCAGUUGGCUCCAUGGCCGCUCAGUUGGCUCCAUGGCAGCUCAGUUGGCUCCGCGAAUCACAUUCCUUCCUUGAACUCCCAUCCCCUCCCUUCCCUCCCCUGAUGCUGCUGCUCACUUGGGUGCAUGAGGGGGCAUGGAAUACUGCAGCAGAGCCGUCAAGGGGCAAGGGAGAGUAUCUGGGAUUCGCGGCUGCAUGAGGUGAGCCCCCCUGCCUUGCUGCAUCAGCUUCUGUCAAACUUCUUUCCAGUCGCCUUUCUCAUCCGACUUCUUCCCCCAGCCACUUCUCUCAAUUCUACCCCCAGCCACCUCAUUUCCCGUCCCCUUUCCCCUUCGUGGCAGGUCACUUGGCAGCACCAGGCAAAGACUGCAGCAGCACCCGUAGCAGAGAAGCAGCCGCAGCAGCAGCAGCAGCAAUUUUGGGCAGCAGGGCAGCUGCAGGGAUAGGGUAGUUAGACGGCAGGCUAGGGGGUGAGUUGUGAGAGAGGUACAGGUAUGGUGUGGUAUGGUAUGGUAUGCUCACACCCCCUCCUUCUCCCCCCCCCCUGCCCUCCCUACAGCGUCACACCCAUGGUGGACUGGAGCAAGAGGAGGAGCAGAGGGAGAGCUGGUCACUCCCCCCCCUUACUCCCAAUCCCGCUUCCCCACAGUGCUACACCCCGUGGUGCACUGCAGCAAGUUGCGGAGCAGAGGAGAGCUCGUCACUUCCCCCCCCUCUCUCCCUCCGACUUCCUCCUUUUCCUCCCACUUCCCCUUUCCCCAUCAGCUUCACACUCCAUGGAGCAGGAGGGAGGAGAGUUGGUCCUUCUCGCACUCCCCCUCUCACUUCCCCCCUCCCCUUCCCCAGCAGCUUCACACAUCGCUUGCAUCUGCUUGGCUGUGGUAAGUUGAGGUAAGCUGAGGGGAUGGAGGUG